AUGGUUGAACGCGAGCAAGAACCCAAGCGUUUCGAACCCAAGGUUCCCAUCCAGCUCGACCCUCCCAAAGAUGACCCGAUUACCGUGGAGGAAUUGUCCAAAUGCGACGGCACGGAUCCCAACCGUCCUACCCUCGUUGCGAUCAAGGGAAUUGUCUUCGACGUGAGCAGGAACCCAGCUUACAGUACCAAGGGCCAAUAUCACGUCUUCGCUGGAAAGGAUCCCUCCCGUGCCCUGGCCUGCUCCUCGUUGAAACCCGAGGACUGCAGACCCGACUGGUACGAUCUCGAUGACAAGGAGAAGACGGUCCUGAGUGAAUGGUACACCUUUUUCAGCAAGAGAUACAAUAUCGUCGGAAAGGUCAAGGAUGCUACAAACUACUAG